GUUAAAAAUGCCUUCAAAAUCUUCGGGAUGUCUGAGGAUAUAGCUGCAUCAAUGUCAGUAUUGGCUCUUAGCGCUGAUUUUCUUGUCCCUUCGGACUGUGUUUUCGGUCGUCCCCAUCUUGUCGAAACACGUUUGCCCAACUCUUCUAGUGGGGAACUGUGUUUUCUAGUUGGUGAUGUUCUGCGGAUCAAAUUGCUAAAUGUGGGAGGUGGUUUACAGGAGGAUUCUCGAAAGCUCUUCGAUCAAUUGCUUGAUGAUUGCCAAAAGAAGAUUCAUUUCAUUGAGUAUCAGGAUGUUCGUGUAAGGACAGACGGGGGAUUUCAAAGAAUACCUGAUAAUUGGUCCGAAUCGAUCUUCUCCCUCCCUCAGGGUUUUUUAUUGAAACCUCUUCUACCUCUUGUUCCCAUCUCUUCUCUAAAUUUGUACAAUGAGAUAACCCGUUUACUAACAGGUCCACAAUUCUCCCAUUUUCGUUCAUGGAUAAAUGUUAUUGAUCCAAGUUCUUUUGCUAGCGCUGCUGUUUCUUCAGUCUCCCAGCUUUCUGUUCCUCCAUCGGCCAUCACUAUAGAUCCAUGGAAGGUUCAACGCUCCGACCUUUUCUGUCCCAUAAAGGCGCGUUUUUUGCAAGAAUUCAUAUGUACAAAAGCACCUGCAAAAACAUCUCUUAUCCUUGCUCUGCCGUUGGCAAAAGAACCCCUUCAACUUUUGACUUCUUUACUCGAUCCAGUUCUGAAGGAUUUCGCCGUUGCCUGUGGAUCUAGAUACACUCUCCAUUUUGCAUCGAUGGGUUUUAUCUGCUACCUCUUUUAUCGUCUAUUUGUGCACUUCUAUAUCGGCAAGGGUAAUGCUACUCCGAGUGAAAUUGCCGAAUUGAGAAGUAAAAUUCGUUUGAUUGAGGAGAAGGAAGAUGAUCUUCUCUUCAACUAUGACGUCUUUACGCAACUUCGCCAAGUGCAUAGUCAAGCUAUCUCAAAUCUGAAAAUUCUGACUGAAAAUACUCCGAAAUUGCUAAUAGCAGGUGCAUGUUUGCAGGCUGAUUUCCUUCGUACUCAUAAACCGGAUGAGUAUACCGAGGAGGAUGAAAGUCGACGCCUACUUUACUCCUCCCCCAAUGAAGCAAGGCAGGACAUUCUUGCUCUCUUCAAAUUCCAAAUUCUCACUGCUAUCUCGGGUCUGUUGGAAUCUGUCAGCGAAGCACAUGAAUUCUUCACCUAUAUGACUGUGAAUAGUCUGAAAAUGUUCUAUCAACCCCACAAUCGAAAUGGGGACUUUGUUGCUCACCAGUUGCUUCGUCUGGGUUUUGAAACUAUUAUUGACUUGGAUUCUAGAAAUGGUUUUUCAAAAUUUGAACAGUCUGGCGACAAGAUAGUCACUUACGAAGAGGCUAGGCUUGCGCUUAAACAUCUCACUUUCAAGCGAACUUCCUUACAACUCCGAUAUUGUAAUGUAAUGCAUAUUAUUCCUAAGAUGACCAGACAGGUUACAUACUUUCGUAAUGCCCUUGCGCACGCACGAAGAUGUCUGAGUGAUAAUUGGUGGAUGGCCUUUAAUAACAAGUCCGCGGAUGUUAAUGCCAAGGACAGUAUGGUCGUCUUGAAGAAGACACUCAAGCAACUCUUUGGUCUUAUUGAGCACUGGACGAGGGUGAUGUAUAAUGAGGUUGUUAGAGGCAUCGGUGAAGAGAUGUUAAAUAACAUAAAGUUGGAACAUGGACGACUUGUGGAGUUCCUUUACAAACUUGAAUUUAAGACUUUGCCCUUAUUGGAUCCACCUCCGAGGGAGUAUAAAAUGGAAGAGGAGGUGAUUGAAUCGAUUUUCCAAUUACUUAUGCCUCAAAACAUGCUUCCUUUAUUGCCGCCAUUUCCAAAUGAAGAGCCUAGUAAUUCUGUGGAAAUAUCAUCUCCCUCAACGCCUUCUAUUCACACUCUCACUGCACCCAUUCUCAGUUCUGCAAAUCAUUUUCCUGCUGAUCCGCGAACUACAAAUCUUAUUUCCUCUACUUUUAGACCUCCUCCACCUCAAACUACUACAGCUAAUACAACACUUAUUAUUCCGAGUUCUAACUCAACACAACAACAACAACAAGUGCUUCUUCCCGUGGUUAAUCCUCCAAUAAGGACAGUAUAUGUUCUCCAGAAUACCAGAAAUCUUACUGCCUCUCCCCCUCCCCCUAACCCUCGUGCAUUUCAUCCAUCAAUUCUCAGGACAAGAAAACGACCUCAACAACUUGUGAGAGUGCUUAAUGCGGUAGUAGCCCCUGCUGCACAAAUUGUGAAUACCUCUUCAACUGCAAAUACAGCCACCACCGCUACUACUACUAGUAAUGUUGUUAGUAGUGUGAUUAAUGCUCCCCCCAGUAGUAAUUCAGCGAGAAUACGGAAUCUCGAUAGUAAUUUGCUCGUUGCUAAACCGGAGCCCCCAGAUGAUUCCCAGCUGAAUGGUGGCACUGUUGCAGUUUCUCAAUCAAGAUUAUCCGACUCUCACGAAAGAACUGACCAAAAUCAUCCUCCGUCAUCGAAUUCCGUGGAACCUGGAGGGAGGAAUGAAACGUCAACAGUUCUCUCCCAUCAGCCUCCAAUAGCAACAAACCCUGGUGAUUCUGAUCCUAAUAAUGAUUGGAUUGAGCGAUGUAUAACUAAGAAAGAUGUCCUCCGGUGUACUUUGGUUCAACGACCUCUAAAACGAACACCUAAGGGACCUUUGCGUCGACAAUAUCUCAAGUCAACGUCUAAAGAACGAGGAGGCAUCCAGCAAAGUUGA